AGUCAGUUCCACUGCAACGCAACAGUUACGCCAUCUGUCAUGGCUACGGUGAAGCCAGUGUUUUCGCCGUAGCUGCGACAAUGCAGUGAUAGAAAGGAAUACCGUUUCGUUGCAGCGGCGUCGAAAACAUUUAAAUGGCGUCGCCUCAGACGACACACGCUUCUGACUUAUUGUGCAGAAGACUGGCAAGCGGCGUCCGAAAGCUUGGCAAUACAACAUGCACGAUGCUGCCAAAUCUGAGUGGAGACAACCCAGUGGUUUAGGAAGAGGGAUGUGACGCUGACGUUGCCAUUUAUGCGACGCUCAGCAUAGGAGUUAUGAAUGUAGAAUUGAACAAUGAAGAAAUGCAGAAGAAGUUGCACUUCAGAAACUCAUGCGAAUUCUUAACUGCUAAUGGCAGUGCAAUAAAUUAUUACUUGUGCCGAUCAAGAGUUGCAAGCGAUUCCGUUACUCCGAUGCUAUUGAAUUUAAUGAGUCAUUAGCAACUUAGCUCGAGAGUGAGGUAUGACUUCGGUGAAUAAGAGAGGAAAUGGUGUUUGAGACGCUCGUUACGACGCGUUUUAUGUAAAAGGGCUACGCAAGAUACUUUCUUCCAUGAAUGAAGGAAGCAGCUGUCAAAAGAUAACUUCCUUGUGGAGCCCCCGGAUACGAAAAUAGGGUGAUACACUUGGUUUGCCUGUUUCUGCAACCACAUCAUUCGGUAAAGCAUUCGGAUCCUUGAAAUAAAUAAAUAAAAAAUAAAUAAACAAAUAAAUAAAUAAAUGAAUAAAUAAAUAAAUAAAUAAAUAAAUAAAUACGCAGCAGCGUCGUCUGCAUUCCUCGAGAAGCGCGUCCUGGCUUCCUCGAAGGCCAAGGAUGCAGCACCACGUGAUCAAGAGACCAUGUUCAAGGAGCUCCUAGCCAGGACUGCACGGAACGCGAGGCGGCUCGACAGACGCAAGAACACCCCGCAGCCGAGGCACUUCGGUCUCAUGAAGCUGAACGCUGUCAGCGGUAGCCAUGGCACGACGCAGAAGUCGCCCCUCACCGCUCGUAAACCAUCCGAUGAAUUCUCAUCUUGGCGCUCCCAAAAGCGAUCGGCGCAGCGCAAAACCCGAAAAACAGGAGCCCUAGCCCCUGUCGCGUCGCCACCGGCUAAAACACCGGCGAACCUAUGCGGGAGGCCAAACCGUCGAAGCGCCCAGCGCGAAUUCGAGAAUGGUUCCCGUUACAAAGCGCCGGCGUGGAACUCGUCACCGGAGGACUACCGCAGAGCCCCGCAGAGCCCACGGAUCCGCGACGACGUACCACGUUACGUCCGCGGGAUCUACGAAGCCUCCGACAAUGGCGCUUCCGACGGGUCGGUCCCUCUUUACGGCAGGUCUGGUCGCGUGAGUCCCCGGCACUCUGCCUGGCCCUCGCCGCUGGGCCGGGAAGACAGGCAUGACCAACUCAGUUCCGCCGUCUCGCCGGCACCCCGCCGCUACCAGGCGGCGCGCAAGUGCAGACACUCUGAGAGACAGUUUGUGAACGAAGUGUCACACGACGAAGGACUUUUCAUUCCGCCCCGCGGCGCCUAUUCAUCACCGGGCACUCGAAACAGGCCCGGAGCUGCUAACAUGUUCAGGCGUUUCGGCUCGACCAUGGCCUGGGUCGCGGAUGAAUACUCCAAGCACAAGCAGCAGGGUCCCGGUUAUUACGGCUAGCCGAACGCUGGACACAUAAUACGAACGCAUACCACUCGCAUACUUUACCAUUAGCAACAUAGAC